AUGGAGGGUGAUGAGGUUAUCGGCGCACCAAAGCAUCCUGAAUGGCUGCAGAUGGUGCGCAUUAAGGAAGGGGAAGUUCCCCACGUGAUCGCCUAUGUUUCGACUAGGCUCUCCCGCUAUCGUCCCGCUAUGCGCCGCGAUAUCGUCGACCAUUGCGACAUCCUCGUCCUCUCCCUCUUCAGCGGGGGCGAGGUUCUUAACUUAAUGAACGUCUAUUCCGACGAUCAACACACAGCCAUUGAGCACCUUGCUGCUCGUGUGCAUUCUUUACCACCUUUCAUUUAUAUGGCUGGUGACUUCAACUGCGUGUCAACGACUUGGGAUGACUAUGAGCAUGGCGAGUCGUUGACGGCAAUAUCCCUGUGGGACACCGCAUCUCAGAUCGGCCUCGAGUGGGCAUGA